CCUUCACUUUCUUUAGCUCCUUCCUCAGCUCACUUGGUAAUUGCAUUCAGCCUCUCCUUCGACCAGUUUCACCGCCGUACCCGAGAAAAAUGGCAGCCGAGAUGGCCCUUGUGAAACCCAUCUCCGCCUUCGGCAGCCGAAGGAGAACAUUUUCUUUCUCAAAAUUCACCACCAUUAGAAUUUCAGCGGCUGCAAAUCCUACCAGCAUUCCAAAACCAAAGCCAAGCAAGAAAGCUAACAAGACUGCAAUCAAAGAAACCCUCUUGACACCAAGAUUCUACACCACUGAUUUUGAUGAAAUGGAGACCCUAUUCAACACUGAGAUCAACAAAAAGCUUAACCAGUCUGAGUUUGAAGCUCUUCUGCAAGAAUUCAAGACUGACUACAACCAGACCCACUUUGUGAGGAACAAGGAGUUCAAGGAAGCUGCUGAUAAGAUGGAAGGCCCUUUGAGAACUAUCUUUGUUGAGUUCUUGGAGAGGUCAUGCACUGCUGAGUUCUCUGGCUUCCUUCUCUACAAAGAGCUUGGAAGGAGGCUCAAGAAAACCAAUCCAGUGGUUGCAGAGAUUUUCUCUCUAAUGUCCAGGGAUGAAGCCAGGCAUGCUGGAUUUUUGAACAAGGGUUUGUCUGAUUUCAAUCUGGCAUUGGACUUGGGAUUCCUGACAAAGGCUAGGAAGUACACAUUUUUCAAGCCAAAAUUCAUUUUCUAUGCUACAUAUUUAUCUGAGAAAAUUGGGUACUGGAGAUAUAUUACUAUUUACAGACAUCUCAAAGCGAAUCCUGAGUACCAGUGUUAUCCCAUUUUCAAGUACUUUGAGAAUUGGUGCCAAGAUGAGAACAGGCAUGGUGAUUUCUUCUCUGCAUUGAUGAAGGCACAGCCUCAAUUUCUCAAUGACUGGAAAGCUAAGCUGUGGUCUCGAUUCUUCUGCUUAUCGGUGUAUGUGACAAUGUACCUCAAUGAUUGCCAGAGAACAGCUUUCUAUGAAGGCAUUGGAUUGGACACCAAAGAAUUUGACAUGCAUGUUAUCAUUGAGACAAACCGUACGACAGCAAGAAUUUUCCCAGCAGUGCUGGAUGUUGAGAACCCAGAAUUCAAGAGAAAGUUGGACCGUAUGGUGGAAAUUAACGAGAAGUUGGUUGCUGUUGGGGAAACCCAAGACAAUUCAUUGGUGAAGAACUUGAAGAGGAUUCCACUUGUUGCAGCAUUGGUUUCUGAAAUCUUGGCUGCAUAUCUGAUGCCACCAAUUGAAUCUGGUUCUGUAGAUUUUUCAGAGUUUGAACCACAACUGCUUUACUGAUAAGUUUUCCUUUUGUUUCUCAUGUAAUAUUCAUCAUAUAAAUCUGAGGAAACAUUUUCAUCAA